GCUUUCCUGUGGAGCUGCGCUUGCGCAGUAGAGUUAUAUCUGUCAGUGCAGUAAGGAGCAGUAAGAUGGACAGUGGGGAGGCUCCUGCUCAGAGGCCAGUCACCUUGGACAUCACAGUGGAGGAUGUAACCACUGAAGCCCCAGGCCCAGACCUUCCAAAGCCAACCAUCAGCCAGACUCCUCUCAGAGAAAAUGUCAUUCCCCAGGUAGAGAGUAUCGACUUGGGCGGGGAGUUUACCAGCCCCCAGGAAGACAGCAGCGCUACACCUUCAGAGAGCCUGAUGGACAAGCUAAAUGACCAGAUGAUGGAGAGUGUCCUGAUUUCUGACUCGCCUAACAACAGUGAGGAGGAUGACGUAGCUCCCAUUGACUCCUUCCUAGAUGCAGUGGAGGAGGAAGAUAAUUUACAAGAGACAUCAGGGGACAAAGAGGAACAAAGUGAAAUAGGUCAGAAUACGACCGAGAUUGAAGUUAUAAUGGAGGAACAGGAGAAAGAUAGCUCUGUGGAGAAAGUGGAUCAGGGAACCAUGGAGCAGACAGAAACUGAAGAGCAGGUGAUAGCCUGUGUUUCGCUUCAAGUUGACGAACACAGCCCAUCUGAUCCUAACGGUGUCGAACCGACACCACUAGAAGCUCAAGAGACGAGCCUAAAAGAUGUGCCAGUUUGCACAAUAUUCAGCCAUGGCACCCAUCCAAAGUCUCUGGUGCCUGAUGGCUUCCAGCCCACCCUCAUCAAGUCCCCGAGUUUUAGCAUGGGGAGCGGUGUAGAAACCAAUGAGGCAGUGACCCCCAGCAAGCUGAUGGCCCCCCUCGUGUGCCAGCCCAGUCCCAGCCUCAGUAAGUUCUUUACUGACAACGGACAGGUCAAUCCAGCCUCAGACUUCUUUGAUUCCUUCACCGUCCCCUCCUCCUUCAUCUCCGUUUCAAACCCAAAUGCUGACAUCCCUCCUGGUGCCACCCCAGCAUCCAUAGCCCCCACCCCUGAGCGACAGCUCUCAUCCACCUCCUCCUCCAUCUCCACCCCCGGUGGAGCUCUGGACUCUGGUGCUCCCACUCCUAGUUCAGUGUUUGCCCCAUCUGAGUCCACGGCCAAGGCCCAACCUCCUCCACCCCAAGAAGCCCAAGCUCCAGCUCCUGCCCCAGCCGCUCAGCCGCAGCCCUUCAACGCGCUCCAGGCUGUGUUUUCUUGCAGCGAUGACCCAUUUGCGACAGCGCUGAGCCUGAGUGAGGUGGACCGGCGCCAUGAUGCCUGGCUGCCAUCUGAGGAGACCAGGAAGGUGCUGAUCUCCGUGGCCACCCAGCAAUACAGCCCAGCUUAUGUAGAGACCACCAGACUCACCAUGCCCGGACUCAAGUUUGACAACCUUCAGGGCGACGCUGUUAAAGACUUGAUGCUUCGUUUCCUGGGAGAAGCGGCGGCAAUGAAGCGUCAGGUACUCACCGCCAACUCUGUGGAGCAGUCCUUCACGGGCCUCAAACGCCUCAUCAGCAGCAAGAACUGGCGGGCCGCGGUGGAUCUGACUGGCCGGCUGCUGACAGCUCAUGGUCAGGGAUACGGGAAGGCCGGCCAGCAAACCUCCCACACCACCGACUCACUGCAGCUGUGGUUUGUGCGGCUCGGCCUCCUGAUCAAGCUGAACCUCUUCCAAAACGCUGAGAUGGAGUUUGAGCCCUUCGGCAACCUUGACCAACCAGACCUCUUCUAUGAGUACUACCCCACUGUUUACCCUGGGAGGAGAGGCUCCAUGGUGCCGUUCUCCAUGCGGCUGCUGCACGCCGAGCUUCCCCAGUACCUGGCCAAACCCCAGGAGGCUCUGGACCGCCUGCACAAUCUCAAAACCGUCUGCCUCGCUAUUCUGGAGAACUUGGAGAAAGGAUUGGCUGAGGAUGGCAGCAUGAUCUCCCUGACACAGGAGAAUAAGCAAGGGUCUCUCAAGCUGUGGAGGUCUCGUCUCAGCCGGGUCAUGUACUCCAUGGCCAACUGCCUGCUGCUGAUGAAGGACUAUGUUCUGGCUGUGGAGACCUAUCACUCCAUCAUCCAGUACGAACCCCACCAGAGAGUGCAGCUGCUCAGUGGCAUAGGACGCAUCUUCUUGCAGAUCGGAGACGUUAAAACGGCAGAGAGGUACUUCCAGGAUGUGGAGAAAGCGUGCCAGAUGACAGGGAGCCAGCCCAGUCACACCACAUGCGUGCUGAUGAACAGGGCCUUUGUCUACCUCAGUCAGAACAACUACACUGAAGCACACACCUCCUUCACUGAAGUCUUAAAAAUUGACCCAAAGAACCCCGUUGCCAACAACAAUGCAGCGGUGUGUCUGCUGUAUCUGGGCUGCCUGAAGGAGUCCCUGGGCCAGCUGGAGGGCCUGGUGCAGCAGGACCCCGCACUCUACCUCCACGAGAGCGUCCUCUUCAACCUGACCACUAUGUACGAGCUGGAGUCAUCCCGCAGCACCCAGAAGAAGCAGGCUCUGCUGGAGGCCGUGGCCUGCAGGGAGGGGGACAGCUUCAACACGCAGUGCCUCAAACUGGUGUGAGAGGCAAGAGUAAGAACUGGGAGAGGACACACACAUCUGAAUCCAGUGUGACGGGGAAUACAACACAAGGAGUAGAAUGUGUAGAGGAGUGCAACGCUCCUAUGAGAAUUUGGAGAAAGAAGUGAGUGUUUCUAUCGUGAUGUGGUUACCAAGUUAAUACAGGGUCUUCCUGAACUGAUUUUAUUUCUACCAAAUAGAAGUGGAAAGCCCAAAGACAUGUUUCUCUUCAUGUCAUGGCACUUCUCUUCUUUUGAAGGAUGAUCCAGUAAUGAUGCACACAUUUACUCCCAGUAACAGAAAACCAGGUGGUGGAUUGACAUUCCGGAACAGAAAUGACCCUACCUAAGAAAUCCUGUUUGUGGAAGUAGUUUUAUUUUACAUUUAAAGGUAUGGUUUGACAUUUUGAGAAAUAUGCUAGAUGAGAAGAUCUUCACCACUCAUGUUUGCACCCAUAAUAUUCGGCUAAAGGCAAUUGCAAUAUAGAAAUUAUUUUAAAUUGGAUCAACAGGAAGUUACAUCCGCAAUAAUAUUCAUAAAAGAUAUUCAAUCUGUUGGGAUGUUUGCUUUUCAACAGGCUUUAGUUUGCCACACUUAGAAAUGAUGCAUUUAUACAUCUGAAUCACAGUACUAAGGAAAUGCUUAUCAGCUUUUUCUUCAUUUUAGGAAGACUUAUUUGUUUUUCUGGGGCUUGUAUUAUGCGCGUCCCUGAUAAACAGUACAACAUGUGGCUAACCUUGUAAUGUCACCCAAGUGUCCUGCAAAAAACAAGCCUAUUACACACCUCCAGGUUAAACCACAAGUUAUUGUUUUAAAGUCUUUCCUUUUCCCCGUGGUUCCUUUCAUUGUGCUAAUUUAAGCUAACUAGCUAAGCUAACAGGCUGCUAGCAUCAUAGCUAGCAUGUGGUAAAGAUCUUCUGCUAUAAAUCUAGCAUAUUUCCCCAAAUAUCUAAAAUAUUCCUUUACAUUUUUAUCAAAGCAUUUCUGGACACUGAGGAAUCAAGAGGAUGAAGCGUUAUGAGAUUGGAAGCGUGACCUCAGAUGUACAUUGCACUACAGACCGGCAGUGGUUUUAAGGGAGCGGCAGGCUCAUAAUGUGAGUCCUGACACGGGCAUUAUCCUGAGCUUCAGUAUGCUUAAAGACGAAUGAAGUACCACAGAGGUCCAAAGCUUCCUCCCCAGCAGACACCUGUACUACUGGAUUAACAGUCCAACACCGAUCCAUUUCAGCUUCCAGCUUUAUUAACUCAUGCUGAGAACAUAGAUAAGCCCUUCUGAUUGCAUCCCAUCCUGUUCACUAAACUGUAAAAUAUUAAGAAUCAAAAUGUGUACAUAUCAGAGUUUUUUUUCUUCUUCUGUGAUAAUAUAAAAAUGAAAGUCUUGUUAAAUCUUUUAUUGAUUUGUCCUGGUGGAUCUUUAAUUUCUACUGUUUACAUAUUGUGUUGAUCAUAUUUAUGUAUAUUAAAUUGUGUUUUAUCUGAAAUAAAAAACGUAUUUUAAA